AUGUCACGAAGAAAUCAAGUUCCUCAUGACGCUUUUGAUCACCGAUAUGGUUAUCGACUGGAGCAACCUGUUUCUCGAGGUCAUGUGGCCCGUCGCUUGCCACCCCAUCCCGCCCUACUAGAGGAAGAGCUUGAACGCCGUCACGUUGAACUCCGCAGGCUUUUGGGUGAUAACCAGAGGAUGGCUGAGGACCGAGUUACUUUAGAACGAGAGUUAGCUGCCGCUAAGGAAGAGUUACGCCGAAUGAACACUGCAAUUGGUGAUAUGCGUGCCGAACAAGAACUCCAGUCUAGGGAGCUUAUUGAGAGGGGUCGGAAGUUGGAGGCUGACAUUCGUGCGGCCGAGCCUCUUAAAAAUGAGGCUGCAAAACUUAGAACAGAGAUUCGGAGAUUGAAAACAAUGAGGCAGGAUCUAUUGGGUCAGGCUCAGGCCCUCUCUGAAGAACUUGCAAAGCUGAGGUCUGAUAACCAGCAGAUUCCUGUUCUUGGAUCUGAGAUUGAUGGGUUGCAUCAGGAACUGUUGCGAGCUAGAAGUGCCAUCGAUUAUGAAAAGAAGGCAAAUGUGGAGCUGUUGGAACAAAGACAAGCGAUGGAGAAGAAUCUGGUGAGCGUGGCUCGUGAAGUUGAAAAGCUUCGUUCUGAGCUUGCGGUUUCUGGUGCUAGAACAUUGAGUGCAGGUGGACCAUAUGGUUUGAAGUUCAGCAAUCUUGAGGCUACUUACCCUGCCCCUUAUGAUGGAUAUAGGAUUCAUCAGGGUGCUCUUGAGAAAGGUUCUAUGUAUGGUUCAAGUUCUACAUCAUGGGGAGGACAUGAAAAGACAAAGAGGAGUCGUCGUUGA